GUCAAACAUACAGCACCUCUGUAGCCUUGGCCAAUUUGCAAGGUGUGUGUGGUCUCCAGGGCACGGGUGGCUAUGAGGUAAGGUCGGACGGAGCUGCAGUGGCUGCAGCAGAGGGGCAGGAGGGCAGAGGACACAGAUCUCCCACAGAUGGGUCCCAUUUGGUACUCUUCCUUGCAGCCUGGCUACCCUUUAGUUUGUCAAGCUAAAGCCACCUGAGAUUUAAUGUGGCUUGCAGGCUGACACCCAUAGCUUGGAGCCUGCUUUCUUUGACCUCCAGGACACCUUGGGCUGAAUGAAGGUGAGCAUCAGGUCAGAUGGGAACGUGCAUCCUGGGCAGGACUUAUGUGCAAACUUGCACAUGUGCAAUGGCAGCAUGAUAAUCUGGGUGUUCACCAGCAUCAUCCUGUUGAAUUCAAUGAUAAUUUGACGCCGAUAACAUUCAGAGCCAUAUUUUUCCCCAAAAUAGCUUGAGAGUGAAUACAGUCCUUGAUUCCCACACAGCACCCUGCAGGUGUGCACUUGGGCUGAUGGGGUACUGUAAGAUGUCAGGGGCAUGCUUCUGUGUUGCUAAGCAUCCCAGUAUAGAUGCAGCUGGUUUGGCUUGGGUGGUCUGCCUCGGAAAUCUGGACAACAUUGUACUAAGAAAAGCAGACUCACCCUCACCCAGGCUGUGUCUGUGCUAGACAGUAUAGCUGUGUUCAAUGUGGUGGGCACAGUUCUUCCAGACUUAGACUGAAGGAAGGACAAGCAUCGACAUUAGAAAUAAGUGUCAGAGGUGUCAAGAGCGUUUGUGGGAUGCACAUGCAGUUCUUCAGCCAGUGCGUGUUUUGAUACCCUCUUUGUUGCUGCUGAUCUUCAGACAAUACAUACCUGUUGUCCUGGGGCAUAGAGUGUGGUUCUUCAGAGAUCACCAGUGUCACUCUCUAAUAUCAAAAUAUUAUGUGACACCUUAGAGGGCCAAGGUGAGUCUCAAACACCCAUAUGCCACUCCUGUUCAGACAGCCUGUGGUGGAGGUAAAAGCAGAUGUGUCUGUCAAGGUGAGAUGAAGGGAGGAACUGUGUAGCUGGGCCCCUCAUGGGUUAUGCAGGAUGUGGAGCACCAAGUCAUGCCAACCGGGCAAAAGGAGAUGUUAUUCCCUUUCUGCACACACAAAUUCUGCUUGUGAAUCUCUGGCAUCUGAAUGCAUUAUUAGAGAAGUGUCACUCAAUGAAGGAGAAUAUCUCUUGCUUCCCUUCCUUUCUUGUCCUUGGGCACCAACUCAGACCACUGGCAUCUUGGCAUGGUAAAUGACUGUGGUGAGAAUGGACUCUUGGGCUUGGACAAGACAUCCUGUGCAGGUCCCUCCUCUGAUGGUGCCAGACACCCAAACUUCUGUGUCAGAAAUCCUGAAGCAGGCAGUUGUGGGGUAAAAUGUUGCUGCGGUACCAUCUCUGCCUGUUGUUAAAUGUAUUGGGCUAAGUAUAUACAUUCAGUGAUGGUGCAGUGCCUUGUCUGUUAGCUUUUAAACUGAGCUGAGCAGAUUGCAUGCCAGGAGGGAAGGAUUGCAAUGCUUUCAUCACCACAAUGGACUUUUCCAUGGCGGAUCUUUUCCAAAAGAUGUGCACUGGAAAGGGCUGGUAAGUGCCUGGGACACUGCAGGCUCUGACUGACUGCACGUCAGGGACUUGAUAGCUCCAGGUUUUGCAGGCUCUUCUUUCUGAGGAUGGGGAAAGAUAGAAGUGAAACUUACUUUGUUAGGAACAAAAAAGCAUGUAAAGCUUGUGGUAGUAGCUGCCAGCACCUGUUAGACAAGGUAAAAAUACUGUUUAGAAGAAAUGCUGGGUGUAUGUUAGCAAGUGGGGGCAUACAAAGGCAAAUAAGACUUUUUAAAGAGCGUGAAGCAUGCAUAGGGAGCGUGCUGUCAGACACACUGCCUCUUGCCAGCUAAUACCAUCUGCAAAUAAAACAAGUUAGGUUGUGGCUAUUGUAGCUGCUUACUCUCAUGAAGCAGGGUGACCCAGACUUGUCCGACGCUGAGAAAUAUGUUGGUAAUUUUCCUGAAGUCCAAGGUGUGCAGAGUAAUUUACUUAAAAGACCCAAUAUAACAAUUAUCAUCCAGGAUGAACACAUACAACUGUAAUGUUUGCUUGCAGUUGUAUUUUAUAUGACACUCUCCCUGAAGUUGCUCGCUGACUGCAUUCACCAACAAACAUAGCCUGGAGAUGAUGGGCUUCUUCCCUGACCUGAAGUUAGCAGCAGUAAUUACACUUAAAUAAAUUUUAAUGUAGCAGUAGGAGGGAUUCAGUGGCUUGGGCAGAAGGCUGUUAGUGGGGUCAUUUGGGAUCCAGGCCUUGGGAGCUUUCCUUCUAACCUUGGGCAAAGCACAUCAGCUGCUUAGUACAUCUGUUCUUAAAAUCUGAUUUGUGACAAUUCAUUUCAGAGUUGUUGAUUGAUGUUGGUCUUGGUUUCCUCCUCUGAAACAACCCCAAAAUCCCCAAAUGUUAGUGCGUGGAAUCGAAGUUUGAAUAUAAAGCCUCCCUCUCUUCUUCCUGUUCUUUACCUCAGAUAAAGGUGGAAGAAAGAGAGUUUUGUUCACAGGCGUCUACUGGAGGCAUCAAUCAUGUUGGGAGUGGAGGCUGCCAGUUUUUCCACACGUUAUUAAUGAUGAAAAGAUAUAAACGUAUGAAUGCAUAAUUGUGUUAGAUUUAAAUUGCUUACAAAAUAAUGACAUCAGGAGAACAAUGGGGUUACAAAAUCUGGUGGACAAAGCACUGAAGUGCCAGGACUAACAUUGCAGAACUCCCCUUUGCAUCUGCAUUAUGAUACAAUCUUUAAUUCUGUAAUUGCAUCAUUUUUUCUCUUUCACAGUGUCCCUCUUUCGCUGGAUAGGUAAUUGCUGCAUAAUUCAUUUUCUCUUCCCCACAUUUACUUUCUGCAUGUGUCUCCACAUCUCUUUAUUUUACACCCCACCCAGACCUUGAACUGAACAGUAGUGCUUAUUUCUUCCUGGGGGGCUUUUUCAGGUGGGGAAGUUCUUAUUCUUGCAGCAUCUCAGGUACGGGUACUGUCUUCAUUUUCAUAGCUGAGGAAUGGAGUCAAAGAGCAAAUAAACCUCAAGUGAUUGAAACACCUGCAAUUUUGGCUGCCUCAAAGAGAUACUUGGGGAUGAUUUUUAUUUUCUAUUCGUCCCAGAGUACCUGGCAUGACGUAGCAGUUCAUCUGCUGGAAGCACAAGGACUCAGCUGUUAGUGUCAGCACUCUUGUAGAUUAGCCCUAAAUGCCUUGGCUUUGCAGAGGGUGGGCACUGCCUCAUUAGGGGUCACCUGAAGAAAAAAACUUGUUUCAGAGACUUGCUGAGCAUCUUGAAAAGACUAUGGAGCCAAGAAGGAGCCUGCAAGUGGUAUGUCCAACUUCCUCAAGCAAGGUGGUUGUCUCUUUUUCUUCCUGCAUUGCCUUGUUCACUAAUCUUCCUGACCUCCACUGGGUGAGGCAGUGUUUGAGACAGCUGUUGCUUUUAUCAUACAACCUUAUCUUUUUUCCCAAAGCAGUUGAUUUCCAGGGCUCAAAUGGUUUGUGAUAAUUGAAUUGGAGACAGUCAAUGCAGAUGUAUACAGGAGCUGGGUGAAGGCUGUGUGUGUCGUCUUCAUAUGAUACAUCUUAAUUUUGAAAUGAUCAAGUUUGCAGUCUUUGUAUUAAAAAUUAACAUAGCUAGGUUUACAUGUAAUUUUAUAACUGUACAAAGGGAAAGGGGAGAGAUACAUAAAAAUUAGGCCUUGUCACAUUAAUCUGCAGUGGCGUGAGUAAUCCCAAGGGCAUAGACCUUUGGGCUGAUUUCUGACCCAUGAGAUAAGGGCCUGCUGAAGAGCACUGUUUAGGUUGUUGAUAGAGUGAGGUGAUGUGCUCAGGGGGUCUGCUGCUGUGCUGGAGGGUUUUGCAGCCCAGAGCCAGGUUACCCUGAGAUCCCAUUUAAGGAUGAGGUACUGAAAGGUUCAGGCCAGAGGCUUUCCUGUACUCUCCAUAGCCGCUGCCCAGUGUUGUCCUGAGGAGAAGCAGCGUCAGGAAGGCGGGUGCUGCCCUGAGGAGAAGUGGUGGGAAGGCUGCUACCCCUUGCCUACGGGGUUUCAGAGUGAGGCUCAUCACAAGGCUUUCCUGUGCUGGCCACCAUGGAGACCCUGUCCCAGGACUCUCUGCUGGAGUGCCAGAUUUGCUUCAACUACUACAGCCCCCGCCGGCGGCCCAAGCUGCUGGACUGCAAGCACACCUGCUGCUCCGUGUGCCUGCAACAAAUGAGGACCAGCCAGAAGGACCUGCGCUGCCCGUGGUGCCGCGGGAUCACCAAGCUGCCUCCGGGGUACUCUGUGUCACAGCUGCCUGAUGACCCCGAGGUGAUCGCCGUCAUCGCGAUCCCCCACACCUCGGAGCACACCCCUGUCUUCAUCAAACUCCCCAGCAAUGGGUGCUACAUGCUGCCCUUGCCCCUCUCCAAGGAGAGGGCGCUCCUGCCAGGAGACAUUGGCUGCCGCCUCCUGCCUGGCAGCCAACAGAAGUCCCUGACAGUGGUGACGAUCCCCACAGAGCAGCAGCCGCUGCAGGGCGGCCUUUCCGCCGAGGUGGGAGCGGAGGAGCCGGACCGGAGAGGUGCUGUGAAAAGCUCCACCUGGUCUGGGGUGUGCACUGUGAUCCUGGUGGCCUGCGUCCUGGUCUUUCUCCUAGGCAUCGUCCUCCACAACAUGUCAUGCAUUUCCAAGCGCUUCACAGUGAUCUCCUGCGGCUGAGGCGGGGAGGGGGCUGUGCUCCCCCGGGGGUUGGGUUGGGUUGGGUCAGUGGUGGUGGUGGUGGUGGUGUGGAGCGAGACAAUUCACUGCAGCUUUCUCCAGUGACUGCAGAACACUGUGCACCGGGGCAGUGGUGUGCCGGCCCGGCUGCGGCUCCUGGCGGUGUGGUGUCAGGCCUCUCGGCAGCCCAUGGAGAAAAUCACGUCCUGUGUCUGGUGGCAGUGGCACUGAGGAGGACUGCAUGCGUCACCAUAAUCAUUUAUCAAAGGGACUGCAACUUUACAGUGAUCUUUUUUAUUGUGUUAUGAGAUUAAAGACCUCUGUGUAGCUGGUUAUACUGUGAAGUAUACAGUAUGGGCUCUUCUUUAAACACAGUAGAUUAAAAUCAAAACUGCUCCAUGUAGAAUUAAAUGAGAACUGGCGCGCAACUGUACGAGGUGUUCAAUACCAGUCCACGCAUGUGUCAUUUUUUAAUGGGGGGAGGGAGACAGACUUGUAAAACCAAGAAAUCGUUUAGCUGGUAAGGCAUUUUAUAUGUUUUAAACUGCACAUUAAUUAAACCAAGUUAGGGAGUUGUAAAAUAGUUUUUAAAAGGAAGCAUUUUACAAGCAAUCAUUUCCUUCCCUGGUGUCUGUUUUUUUUGUCUCUCUGUUUUUCCCUAUUGUUUUCCAACUACAGGGAAGUGGCACUUCCAGCGUCUUUUAUUUGAAGGAGCUCCCAAGAAGGGAAGCAAAGUGGGCUAGCAGGAAUACCUAAAAAUACAGCCAAAACAGUUCUGCCUACCUGGCUUCUUACGAAGGAUGGCUUUGCAUGAUAAACAUUGGACAUGCUGUUUUACUUCCAGUCUGGCAGACUUCCUGAUGACCUGGCCUCCAUAGCCAUUAGUGAAGAAAUAGAUCAUGAGAAGUCUUAGGACUCCUGAAAGGAUGUGAUAGCACAUUGUUCUUAAUUUUCUUUUUCUAGAGGUUGGGUUUUCUUAAAUAUUUGUACAUAAUUUAGACCUAUUUUGCCUCCCUCUUUCCCAGAAGAUGCAACUGUGCACCUAUGAAUGGUGUGACAGAGGAGUUGCUCUAAGGAAGCUUCACCAUCCCAAAUGAUGCGAUCAUCUAGUAAGAGACAGUGAUGAAGAGUUAUCUGGGAGGAGAACCCAGACCAACCUAACCUUGUAUGGGUGGGCUACCCCUCCUAAACCACUGUGGCUGUCCUGGUGUCAGAAUGUCUGGGUGAGCAUAAUGGAGCCUAUUCCCCUAUUUCGGUCUUGUAAAUGUUGAUGUUCAUAAGGACAGAUUUGAAAAAAAAAACAAACCACAAGAAGUGUCUCCCUGUGAGUGUCAUGACACCCCAGUGAUUUGCAGUUCACUUCUUGGGAAGAGGCAAAUUCCUGAAUGUUCACUGCGAUAGCGCCUUGCUUUAAGCAGUCCCACUAGCUUUAGUAGUACUGCUCAUAAGUAAAAUAGAGCUCAGUGUGAAUUUGGGUAUUUGCAAGUCUGAAUGCUUAAAUUUGUGUGAGGUUUAGGGAUUGGAUCAAGGGGCACAUGACAGACCUUUAAGAAGACAGAAAAAUCUGUUGAUUUGCACUGCUGCUUUUUGCAAGUACAAAGCAUAACCUUUGAAGUGUGUCCUCUUGUCAUCUACCUACUGCUGUUUCUAAUAUUUAGAGAUUGCUCAAGGCCAUAUUAUAACACAGUUUUGACUAUUCAGUGCCCAAGUUUGCCCCAUAGAUGUCCUUGGGUUUCUGGUUAUGUCACAAAAUCCAGUUGCUGGUUCACAAUAAACAUUCUCAGCUAAGACUUCUGUCAGGAACAUACCUCUAACUACAUGGUGGAUUUCUUUCCUUCUCUGUUCCUAAACCGCCAUUUGCUUCCUUGAUUCCUGUUAACGGAUGAAUAGAAUAUACGGUGCUUAGUUGUUAUGGUGUGUGUUUGGUCAUGUACGGAGAGGAACCAUUGUGCUGAUUUUUAUCUACUGUCAUAUGUAUGCAUAGCACAGCAAAAAAAAAAAUCUUCAGAUAACACAUUCAAUGCCUUUUUUUGUGCAAGGCCCAGUUGCAGUAUGGCUUGAACCUGGCUUGUGAGCAUUGUGAUUACAUGGACACCUCUCUGCAGCAUGUUUCAUUUGGUUGCAGUAGGGAACAGCAGGUGUUCCCAAAUGUGUCUUGUGAACGUGCAAGUCUCUUGUUGCCAGUAGGUAGCCAGAUUUCUACUGAUAUCCAUGCUACGCUGCUUAUUGUGUAAAGGAAAGCCAGUUCACAAAGAAAUCCUGCCUUUUAUAAGACUCUGGAGGAAGUGACCAGAUACAGGACUCGACCCUCUACUGCCUUACUCUGUUGCAAUUGCUGGGUGUACCAGGAGCAUAUGGCAUAGGUGAAAGAUGCUCCCAGAACAGCACUGAUGCAUUUUGCACCAGCUUCUGUAUUUGGUUAUGUGAGUUGUCCGUGAAUACGCAAAAAUGCAAGGCAAUCAAAGAGCAGGUCCUGGCAAUACAGUGGCGGUAACGUUGCCUCCUUCCAGCCAUGCCUGCCCGACUGAAGCUCUUGAGGCCGAGGUUUGCAAAGAAUGGCUGUCUUGAAAACUGCCCUCUUCAUCCCUAUAUGGAAGGUGCAGAAUGAAAGAGGAAUCAGAAAUUAGGUUAAAAUACCACACUGCAUAACACAUUAUACAACAGGCAGACCUGGAGUUUAUCCGGUAUUAAUGACGUGAAUAUUAUAUUAGCAGAAUACCAUCCUGUACUACGUAACACAGUGCAUUGUUUCGUUAAUACGAACUUCCUGUACUUGUGCCUGCUGAAAUGCAUGUUUGACCUAAUUUCUGAUCCAGACAUUUGCCUGCUUUCAGCCUUGUGUAAGAGCAAUAAGUAAAACCUCAAGAUUUUUGCCUGCGUGUAUGCGCAUGGUGUGUAUGUUCAUUCCUUUUUAUAAAUAGGAGUUCUGGAAAAGUUUUUGUUCUGGCUUUAGACUGUGACUAUCAUUUUAAAUUUUCAGCUGCCAUACAUGUUAGAUCACCUAGCUUUUUUGCUGACUUGUGUAGAAGUGAACUAAAUAGUUUGUUGUAAUGUACAGUAUUAAAAUGUUUCUCAAGUAUGUCAAUAGUCAUACUACUUUAAAAAUGCAGUGCAGUUUGUCCCAUUCUUUGGUUCAAUACCUGGCAUUAAAAAGCGAUACUGCUAUUCUUUUUUUUUUAAUUAUUAUUAUUAUCUUUAAAAGACAAUCUUGUCUUUGUAAUUUUUCCUCUAUGGAGAAACGUAUUUGAACUUGUGUCAAAAUCAUCAGGUUCCGGGUUAAUUUUUGUUCUCUGGUGUCCAGUAAGAAAUCACUGCCCAGUUCCACCAAAAAGAAGGAUGGAAAAUUACUGUGACACAUACUGUUUGAGAAACCAAAACUUAUUCUAAAAUGUGCACCUGCAUUUUUAGAGCACAUUACUCUGUAUGAAUGUGUAUUUAUUUGCUUGUUUAAUGGGAAGGAUGUAUGUGUUGGAGUCGAGCUUAAGUUUUUUUCCUGGAUGGUCCCAAUAUCCAUUGUUGACUUGUGCUUUGCUGGCAAACAGACUUUAGGGUUCACUCAGUGAAAUUUUGUUUAGUGAAUUUUAAAAAUUCAAAAUAUGCAAUUUUGGUAUGCAGGAUUUUUUUAGGAAAUUGUGUGUGCAGUGAUUGUUCAUGCUUAACCAAGAUGUAAAGGAGCCUGUAUGUUUUGUAAACAUGGAGCAGUCAUGAGUCCAAAGUUUCAUCUUUAUUAAUGAAGCUCAGUCUGAAUAAAACAUUAGCAAGAAAAGAAUGAUAGCAAGUGAA